AUGAAAGUCUCCGUCUUUCUUACUAUUCUUAGUAGUGUUACUAGCGCCCUCGCAGGCUGUAACUGCAAGUGCCAGGACCCGUCCGGCACUGGCCCCCAGUGGGACGAUCUCACGUAUGAAGCAUGCAGCGUUCAACUCCCCGACGAGAGUGCAGCUUGUCUUAUGAACAAGGUGUACCAUGGUCAGGAGCAUCAUCAGCGGUGGCUUCGACAAGUUUUGCAAGGGCCGAGGCGCCCCUGGUGCUUUCUGCUGGAAGUGAGAGGGUACUAUAUAUGCCUCAAGCUCGGAAGCAUAUCGCAUUGGUGGCUGUCAAUGGUUGCUUUGCGGAAGGCAGGCCGUCGACCGGUUUCUGAAGUCGCGUGA